UUUUUUUUUAUUCCAAAUUUUCCGUUUAUCUUGUAAGUAUGGAGCGUAUGUUGAAGCGCAUUAUUUUUAGCCGGAGCAUGAGUUGUGACCGUGGUGAAUCGGUAGGAGGAGACUGUCCUCCGUCUUCCGCGUUUCCGCUGCUGCUACUCGGUCACUGCUCUCUAUCUUCCUUGCAUCGCUCGUCGGUUCUCUCUUUUGCACAUUUUGUUACCUCCUGCAUUAUUGUUUUUUUUAAGAACCCGUUUUAAGAACUAGUGCGUUGAGUCGACUUCUCACCACUUUGGGGGCCUCUGGCAGCCCGUCCGCCCGGUACCUGAGAGGAGUCGACGGCUUUCUCCAUGUUUUGGAGUUCCGGGGCCCAGCGCACCGGCUCAGGCUCCAGCCAUGUCGGCCAAGAAUGCAGCGGCUGGCGGCGGUGACAGAGCGGGAAGCGAACCAGCAGUUCGGGGUCCCGGGUGGCUGGAUUCCAACCCAGCUGUCAUCGGGCCAUAGACGUGGGACAACCCGAACGGGUCCAUGUCUCCUGUGAUACUAUGUGCUGGUUGAGGAGGAGCAAAGAAAUCCUGGAACUCUGUCUGACUUAAUGACCUCGGCCUCAGCAGCUGGCUCUUCCUUAAGCAUGGAGAUAACCAGGAAGCGUAAAGGCAGCACAGACAACCAGGAUUUAAAACCGGCUUCAUUGAAUGAUGUGGAAAUGGAGGAAGACCAAAACAGGUCAGAUGAGGAGGACCAGCACGCCAAAAUCAAAUGCUUCAGAGAACCUCAUAGUCAAAUUGAGAAAAGAAGGCGGGACAAAAUGAACAACCUGAUUGACAAGCUGUCGGCAAUGAUCCCGACCUGUAACCCCAUGUCCCGGAAACUGGACAAGCUCACUGUUCUUAGAAUGGCCGUUCAACACCUCAAAUCUCUCAAAGGUUCUUCUAACUCCUUCUCUGAAACCAGCUGUAAACCCUCGUUCCUCCCUGAUGAGGAGCUUAAACAUCUCGUUCUUAAGGCUGCAGACGGUUUCCUGUUUGUCGUUGGCUGUGAUCGCGGAAAAAUCAUUUUUGUGUCGGAGUCCAUCACAAAGAUAUUAAACUACAGUCGGACGGAGCUGAUUGGACAGAGUCUGUUUGAUUACGUACAUCCCAAGGACAUUGGAAAAGUGAAGGAGCAGCUGUCGGCUUCUGAAUCUCACCCUCGCGAGCGCCUAAUAGAUGCUAAAACUGGUCUGCAGGUCCAGGCUGAUCUUCCAGUCGGUGCAACUCGGUUGUGUUCAGGGGCACGUCGCUCCUUCUUCUGCCGCGUGAAGUACAACAAAAUUGCUGUCAAAAAUGAGGAGAAGGACUCUCAUCCCAAUACCUCCAAAAAGAAAGAGUCCCAGAAGUACUGCACCGUCUACUGCACAGGCUACAUGCGCAGCUGGCCCAACAGCCAUCUGGGAGCAGAGGGGGAAGGCGACGGAGACAAGCAGGACAGUUCCCAGUUUAGCUGCCUGGUGGCAGUGGGGCGGGUCCACAGCAGCUCAUCUCCUCAGCUUAAUGGAGAAGUCAAAGUUAAACCCACCGAGUUCAUCACGCGUUAUGCCAUGGACGGAAAAUUCACUUUUGUUGAUCAAAGAGCAACAACCGUUCUUGGUUAUCUUCCCCAAGAACUGCUGGGGACCUCCUGCUAUGAGUACUUCCACCAAGACGAUUUACCACAUUUAGUAGACAGACAUCGAAAAGUGCUACGGAGUAAAGACAAAAUUGAGACCAACUGCUACAAGUUCAAAACAAAAUACGGUUCCUUUGUCACUCUGCAAAGUCAGUGGUUUAGUUUUGUCAACCCCUGGACCAAAGAAGUAGAAUACAUCGUGUCCACUAACACAGUGGUAUCGUAUGAUAACAGUCGAGCAGGACGCUCUUCAAAGAAGGCUGAGCAGUCGAGUAAUUCCAAGACUUCUGAAGAGUGCAAAAAGUCCCUUCCAGUUAUACCAGGCAUUUCCACUACAAGCGGGACUAUGGUGUAUGCUGGGAGCAUCGGAACCCACAUCGCCAAUGAACUGCUGGAUUUUAACAGGCUGAACUCGUCACCAUCCAGCGGGAACGUCAGCCCCUUCAGUCUCCCACAGGAAAAAUCUCCACAAACUCUCAAUCAAUUCACAAACAGCGUGCCAAAUGGGGAAACCUCUGAAAUGGAAAUGCCAGGAAAGUCAACUUCUGAUGACGCUCAAGCCGCUUCAUUUUCAGCAGGAGACUCGCUCAUGGGGGACAAUUCAAAUUUGGAUCUGGACAGUGUUGUAGGACCAGGCUUGAGCAACCUCACCAACGAUGAAGCAAACAUGGCGUUGUUCAUGAGAUUCUGGGAGACGGACACAAACUUGGCAGAAACCAUAGACCUGGAAGAGAUGCACUGGUCUUUAUGAAGUCUGCUUUGGCUGCUAGGACUGUCUCUUUUCUGCCGGGAGUUGAAAAAAGUUCACCUCAAGAAGAAGCUUUUCUAAAGACUGUAAUUUAUUAGCUCUCCCUUCCAGUGUAAGAUGAGUUUGGGUUGCUGCUCCGGCGGGAUGGGGGCCGACGGACUUCUCGUAAGGAUGCGUCUCUAAAGCCUUACAGCAGUCUGCCUGCCCUAAAAUGCUGUUCCUCGCCAGGAUCCUCAUCUAUUGACCUUAGAAGGUCAAACAACCCAGAAACCCACCGAGGUUUUGCGCUUUUCUCCUCUGCCUACAUUUGAGGAAACAUAAAAGAGAAAGUUGAUAAAGGCUUGGUACUGUAUGGAACGAGAGGGAGGCAUCCCAGCUCAAAAUCCUCCGACAAACCCAAGCAUCUUUUCUGUCGUAAGCUGACCUAAACCACCUGUGUAGAUGUGGUAUAACACCAUAUAAUCCAUUUGUGUCUUAAAGAGAUAGCUAUAUAAAAAUCCCUAAAUUUAAUUAUGUUUACCCCUUAAAUAUAUAUAUAACCUAUUUUACCAGAAACAUAGCUGGUAUUUUUAGACUUAUUCAUUUUAAUCACUGCAGUUCAUGCAGAAAAGCACAUUUUAUUUGUGCUUUGGCAUCACCAGCUCACAUUUUAUCACUAAAGCGAUUUAAUCUGAUCCAAGUCUUACAGCAGUCGUGAUAACUCAGGUAGUUAUCCAGCUUAAAAUGCUUCAAUACAUACUAAAGCUUUAGUAUGUGGUCAAUCUUUUGCAGGUGUGCCAUAGUUUAAGUUCCACGUUCUGUUAUGCACUGACGGUCUUUAGAAGGCAUUUUUACGCUAAGAAUUCAUGAAUUAAGGGAUUAAGCUAUGCAGAUCUAUCAUUCCAUAAAUCUUACUGUAUUUUUCAACGCUCACACGCAUGACGCCGGGAAUUUGCUUUGCUGACUUUUAUUGUGAAAUUCGAUCUGAACCGAGUUCCUAAUCGAUUCUGUCAUUUGACCGAUGAAUCCGGUGCUGCACAGGUCGGGGUGACGUGUACUUCAGCAAAAACACAUCGCUAUGGAGUUGUGCCAUAGACAGGCUGGUCCUUUUUAAAGGCAAAAUGUUUUCGGGGCUUAUUUUUCUGGUUCCUCUUCCUCCAACAUUGCACUGUUGUGACUCUCAUAUCCCAAAAAAGUUAAAAAAAAAAAAAUCACAUCUUUGGUGUUAACAGAGUUGAACCUUUCAAAGAGGUCAUGGAUUGUUGUUCUUUUUUGUCUCAGAUUAAAAUAAAGUGUAGUUUUUGUAAA